GAUGAAUACCGCAACUUGACCCUAAAAACUAUGUUUAUGCUCCAAUGGUUUAAUGUCUUCUGUGACGCCCACUAUCUUCUCAAGAUAGACGAUGAUGUUGCACUGUCAGCUGAUAAACUCGAAGGUGUCCUCAGGAAGCACGCCAGUGUCAGCCUUGGAAUCAUCGGCCGUGUGAAUAGACUCAGCAAGCCAAUUCGUGAUGUUCGGAACAAAUACUACAUUUCCCAUCUUCAGUGGCCUGCAAGCAAAAAGGUCUUACCACCUUUCACCGCUGGGCCAUCUUAUCUAGUCACCAGAAAUGCUUCAAAGUUGCUCUACCAGCGUGCUAUGCAG